UGACAAUGAUGAUAAUGCCACUUGGGCUGCCAUGGGGGGUGCUGGGCCUUGCAUUCAUCUGCUGCCUGCUCCCCGCCCGAGGCGUCACGGCCGGGUCUUCCUUCGCCUUUGACGUGUACGGAGGCCAAGAGGAGUGCUUUCGCGAAGACAUCGUGCUGCGGUCGUUGCACAGCGACCUGUUUCUCCACUUUGAGCUGCUCGAGCCACGCGGCCCCGCUGACGCUCUCCACGUGAAGCUCCUAUCCCCGUCGGGUGUGCCCGUCACGACUUGGGCACACGCCACAGCCAACAACACGUCGUUACAACUGCGUGAAUCGGGCCUCUACUCGCUCUGCUUUACAUCCACCCCUGGAUCAAAGGCGCAUCAACGUGUGCUGUACGUCGCGGACGUCGUGUCCUACGGCACCCGCUCCUUGACGCGAGAUCCAACGGUGGUGGCCACGCUGCAUCAGCAAACACCCGACGAACCGUCUCCGUCCACGCUCACCUUGGCCACCGAACGCGGCGUCCCAGUCUCCAUGGGAGUCGUCGAGUACUCGUUUGCUGGGAUAUCUCUCCACGCCCUCCACGACAACGCUAGGUCCAAUCAUCUAUUCUCUAUUUACUUCGUUUUCAUUAAUUUCCCCAUACAUUCAUUCCAAUCAUCUAUUCUUUAUUUAUUUCAUUUAAAUGAUCUUCCAUUGGUUUCCCCAUACAUUCAUUCUUCUUUCAUAAACAGAGUGAUUGCGUCGUUCGCAGUGGACUUUGCCUCCAAGCCGGGCAUCGAAGUCACACUGGCGGCCAUCCCCGACCACCGCCUUGUACAUCCGCCCACAUGGACGUCCAUGGCGACGCACAUCGAGUCGUUUUAUGACCGCUUGAUCUCCAACCACGGUGUGUUGGCGUCCACGGGCGGCUCGCUCCUGUUUGACAUUACCGACGUCGUUCGAGCGGCCACUGCCCAAAGCGAGAGCUUGGCCAAGCAAGCUGGCGACGCCGACCUCGCCACAUCUCCUUCCACCGUCGCCUUCUCGAUUCAAGUGGCCGAGGACGGCGACGUGCGUCUCGCCGCGGGGGCUCGCAAAAAUGGGGAAUAUGCGACACCGUCUGAGUCGUUUCUCAUCCGGCGCCGCCGUCCGACUCUGUCUGUGGAGGACCUGGGGCUGCCUGUGCUCCAGUCGAUUGGGCGUUUUCGGUACGCAGUGUGGGACCUCAAGGGCGAGCUCAUCUCAAUCAUCCAGCACGAACGCCGCAGUCGCGACGGUAGUAUUCCUUCCUCCUCCGUCUGUGACGUGGUAACACUAUAUGUGACACGGGGACGACUGGAUGGAUGUAGCGGCCGAGAGCGUCCAGGAUCGCCUUGUGGUCGGCGCGGUGCUCACCAACGCCUUGUGGGUCGGGGCGGCGCUGUACCAAGUGCUGUACGUGCGGCGGUUGCUGGCUCGGGGGUAGAUGGAUGGAAGAUAUAAACCAAGUCUUGACAAAUAGAAAGAUACAAUUCAAUUGGGU